GUGCCCGCGUGUGCGCGUGAGCGUCAUCCCUCGGAGGCUGUGAGCGUCUGUGCUGUGCUGUGCUGUGCUCGGCGCUGUGCUCGGCUCACAGCUAGCAAUGGCGCUGCGGGCUGUCCAGCUCCUCUCUCCGCGUCUGCUUCUCGCCGCGGCUUGGCUUUUGCUCGCUAGCGGACCCCAGCCGAUUCUGUCCUGUCCGAGUCGGUGUUUAUGUUUCCGAACCACUGUGCGAUGUAUGCAUCUGAAUCUGGAAACAGUACCGGCUGUCUCUCCGCAGACCACCAUUCUGGACCUAAGAUUCAACAAAAUCAAGGAUUUACAACCGGGAUCUUUUAGCCGAUUAAAGAAUCUCAACACACUCCUCCUCAACAACAAUCACAUACGAAGAAUCCCCAGGGGUGCUUUUGAAGAUCUUGAAAAUCUCAAAUAUCUCUAUUUGUACAAGAAUGAAAUCCAAUCAAUUGACAGACAAGCAUUUAAGGGGCUUGUCUCUCUUGAGCAACUGUACCUCCACUUCAACAACAUUGACUCAUUGGAACCAGAAUCAUUCAGUCACCUACCAAAGCUUGAACGAUUGUUUUUGCACAACAACAGAAUCACCCAGCUGGUCCCGGGAACCUUCUCCAAUCUCCAGGCCAUGAAACGACUGCGACUGGAUUCCAAUUCGUUGAACUGUGACUGUGAGUUGCUGUGGCUGGCGGACCUUCUGAAGCAGUAUGCGGAGUCAGGAAAUGCCCAAGCUGCCGCCACGUGCGACUACCCGAGCCACCUGCAGGGAAGAUCAGUGGCCACACUAACAGCCGAGGAGCUCAGUUGUGAAGUACCCAGGAUCACCUCAGAGCCCCAGGAUGUCGACGUUACAUCAGGGAACACAGUCUACUUCACCUGCAGGGCUGAGGGAAACCCAAAACCGCAGAUCAUCUGGCUCCGUAACAACAACGCUCUUAACAUGCGGGAUGACAGUCGUCUGAACCUGCUAGAAGAUGGGACACUGAUGAUUCAGGACACAAGGGAGACCGACCAAGGUGUCUACCAGUGCAUGGCCAAAAAUGUGGCGGGGGAGGUCAAGACCUCAGAGGUCACACUGCGAUAUUUCGGAGCCCCGUCACGGCCAAGUUUUGUCAUCCAGCCCCAAAACACAGAGGUACUGGUGGGUGAGAGUGUGACUUUGGAGUGCAGCGCCACAGGCCAGCCACAACCCCGGAUCUCCUGGACAAAAGCAGAUCGGACACCACUGCCCAGUGACACGCGCAUCAACAUCACUCCCUCCGGAGGGCUUUACAUUCAGAAUGUGGUGCAGACUGAUGGAGGGCAGUACACUUGUUUUGCCUCCAAUAAUGUUGAUACAAUUCACGCCACAGCUUAUAUUAUUGUCCAAGCAAUCCCCCAGUUCACGGUCACACCACAGGAUCAGUCGGUCCUUGACGGCCACACUGUGGACUUCCCGUGCGAGGCGACGGGAUAUCCCCAGCCAGUUAUCGCCUGGACUCGUGGAGGAAGCCCAUUACCUCUGGACCGGCGGCACUCAGUCCUGUCUUCGGGCACUCUUCGAAUCACUCGGGUGGCAGCACACGACGAGGGCCAGUACGAGUGCCAGGCCGUCAACCCAGUUGGGACUGUCCGCACCGCCGUGCAGCUCAGCAUCCAACAGAGAGUAACGCCUGUUUUCACAAAUGCUCCAAGGGAUGUGACGGUGGAGUCUGGUCAGGACAUCCAGAUUCCCUGCAGUGCUCAAGGCCAGCCACAACCUGUACUUACCUGGAACAAGGAUGGCGUGCAGGUGACAGAGAGUGGCAAAUUCCACAUCAGCCCUGAUGGGUAUUUAGAAGUCAAGGAUGUGGGUACUGCUGAUGCUGGCCGCUACGAAUGUGUCGCCCGCAAUCCUAUUGGCUAUGAGGUCGCUAGCAUGGUGCUAACUGUCACAGUUCCAGCAGUGAGCAGAGAGGGCGACACCUUUGUGAGCUCGUCCAUAGAGCAAGCGAUUCGUAAUGUGGACAGCGCAAUUGAGUCUACAAGGAGACGUUUGUUUGAUGGUCAGCCUCGUACCCCGGGAGAGCUACUUACGCUUUUCCGUUACCCACGUGACCCGUACACUGUGGAGCAGGCUCGUGCCGGCGAGAUCUUUGAGCAGACUCUGCUUCUCAUCCAGAACCAUGUCAACCAGGGUCUCAUGGUCGAUACCAACGGCACUGAGUUUCGCUACAAUGACCUGGUGUCCCCACACUUUCUGGACGUGAUCGCCAACCUUUCGGGCUGCACAGCCCACCGCCGCAUCAACAACUGUUCCGACAUUUGCUUCCACCAGAAGUACCGCACUCAUGAUGGAACUUGCAACAACCUGCAGCACGCCAUGUGGGGCGCCUCGCUUACCCCUUUUGAACGACUCUUGAAGUCAGUCUAUGAUAAUGGUUUUAAUCUGCCAAGGGGAGCCACUGAGCUGGCACACAACAACUACAGGCUGCCUCUGCCGAGGCUGGUGUCGACCACAAUGAUUGGAACGGAGUCCAUCACUCCGGAUGAUCACUACACCCACAUGCUCAUGCAGUGGGGUCAGUUUCUCGAUCACGACUUGGACUCAACUGUGGCGGCCCUCAGCCAGUCGCGGUUCUCUGACGGACAGCUGUGCACUCAGGUCUGCACCAAUGACCCGCCGUGCUUCCCCAUCCAGUUCCCUCCCAACGAUCCACGACAGCUGAGAAGCGGUGCCCGUUGCAUGUUCUUUGUGCGCUCCAGCCCGGUGUGCGGCAGUGGGAUGACAUCUCUACUCAUGAACAGCGUGUACCCAAGAGAGCAAAUUAACCAGCUCACAGCCUACAUUGACGCCUCAAAUGUCUACGGUAGUUCGCGCCAUGAAUCUGAGGAGAUCCGCGACUUGGCCAGCCAACGGGGUUUGCUCCGGCAGGGAAUUAUCCAGCGUACAGGCAAGCCACUGCUGCCUUUCGCCACAGGACCGCCCACUGAGUGUAUGAGGGAUGAGAAUGAGAGUCCGAUUCCUUGCUUUUUGGCUGGAGACCACCGUGCCAACGAACAACUGGGACUGACCGCCAUGCACACUGUGUGGUUCAGGGAACACAACCGCAUAGCCACAGAGUUACUCAGGCUGAACCCCCACUGGGAUGGGGACACCAUCUACCACGAGGCCAGGAAGAUAGUGGGAGCCCAGAUGCAACACAUCACAUAUAGUCACUGGUUGCCAAAGAUCCUAGGCGAGGCAGGCAUGAAGAUGAUGGGGCCGUAUACAGGUUAUGACCCCAAUAUUAACGCGGGCAUCCUCAAUGCUUUCGCCACCGCGGCAUUCCGCUUUGGGCACACCCUCAUUAACCCGAUACUCUACAGGUUAGAUGAAGACUUCCAGCCCAUCCAGCAGGGUCACAUCUCUCUGCAUCGGGCCUUCUUCUCGCCCUUUCGCAUCGUGAACGAGGGUGGCAUUGACCCGCUCCUCCGCGGGCUCUUUGGCGUGGCGGGUAAAAUGCGGGUCUCCUCGCAGCUACUCAAUACAGAGUUGACUGAGAGGUUAUUUUCUAUGGUCCACGCUGUGGCCUUGGACCUGGCAGCCAUGAACAUACAGCGAGGAAGAGAUCAUGGCAUACCGCCAUAUAACGAUUACAGGACCUAUUGUAACCUAACGUCGGCUCGGAACUUUGAGGAUUUGAGGAACGAGAUUAAGAAUCCUGAUGUCAGAGAGAAGCUUCGGAGGCUUUACGGCACUCCUCUGAACAUCGACUUGUUCCCUGCCCUGAUGGCCGAAGACCUGGUUCCUGGCAGUCGACUCGGGCCCACCCUCAUGUGUCUGCUGGCUUCGCAGUUCAAACGCCUGCGGGAUGGAGACAGGUUCUGGUAUGAAAACCCAGGAACGUUCACGCCAGCCCAACUGACUCAGCUGAAGCAGGCCUCUCUUUCUCGGGUGCUGUGCGAUAACGGAGAUAACAUCACACGUGUGCAGCGCGAUGCCUUUCGGGUGGCUGAGGUGCCACAUGGCUACGGCAGCUGCGACAACAUCCCACAGAUCGACCUGCGGAUGUGGCAAGACUGCUGUGAAGACUGCAGGACCAAAGGUCAGUUCAACGCACUGUCCUACCACUUUAGAGGGCGCAGAUCAGUUGAUCACAGCUACAAAGACGGCAGACAUGCUGACAGCUUCAUGGAAAACAGUCACUUGGAAGAAGCUACAAAAAGCCAUGUUAAUGUAACUGUGACCUCAAAAAAAAGUACUGAUACCCCAGUUAGCGAAUUCCAGGACUUUGUCUCUGACAUGCAGAAGACAAUCACAAGCUUACGCAAACAGAUUAAACGACUAGAAGCCCGACUGAGCAAGACUGACUGCACUGACAGUAACGGGCGUGAGCGGACAGAUGGAGAGCGGUGGAAGCAAGACCCGUGCACUCAAUGUGAAUGCAAAGACACCAGAGUGACCUGCUUUGUGGAGUCUUGUCCGACGGCCCAGUGCACACAGUCUGUCAAGCUAAAAGGCGCCUGCUGCCCCGUGUGCCUGGAUGUAGCCAAGUGGCAAAAAGCAGACAGCAGCCAUGAGUAAUCCUCAGGACCUCCCGCCAGUCACACUCAAGCGUCUGAAACACUCAGACUUCCACCGAGAGGAGGAGAAUCUUGAAAGUGUCGGUUGGCCACCAGUUGCCUCGAUACACCCAAUAGCCUCAUUUUAUUUUUUUCUCUUUUCUAUUCUUUCUUUUUCGUGUGUGUGAUUAGGGGAGAGGGUCAUGUUUUGUUAUGUUUGGAUCGCUGCCUCCUCUGGGACAAAAUGGAUUCAUCGCUGCUCCCUGAGGCCUCUGCAAUGCAACAAUUCAGUCUCUGUGUUUGCCCCCCUUUUGGCGUCAAAUCACAGGGCCAGUUGCCAUCAGCCCGCAGGAAUGGGAAAUAGAUUGAAAGGAGGCCGGCCAGUGUUUUCUCAGGUUAGAGAUGCCGAAAACUGGUGCUAUUUUAACCCUUAUGAAUGAAUUAAUCACUAAAUACCUUCAAAGUAUUGUCAUUUGUAUGCAAAGCAGCCUAUAUCCGCUUGAUAUCUGCCUAUUUUUUUAUGUUAAAUCACAAUUGAGAAGAUCAUUUUAUACAAGUUAAAAGAGGUUUUCUAGUUAGAUCAUCUUUUUAUCCAAGGUGCUUCAAUGUCUGGUUAUUAUUAUUAUUUUUUUUUAUAUCCAAACGAACAUAAUGUGAAACCCUAUGAAAUUUUAAAAGGUAAAAAAAAAGAGAGAUGUCUACUGAUUUCUGCUCCGAAAUGUCUCUGCCGGCCGUUUCUGAUUAUAUACUGUCAUAUUGUGACGUCAUGUCAGUCCCAGUGUUGUCCUCAGUCUGCAAAGCCAAAUAUUAGCGAGUAACAUCUAGAAUGUAUGUAACUAUGAAACCACAUUUCAUCUGUGAUGCUGUUAUAUCUACUGCCACAGUAUUUGUCAUCAUAGUUCACACUACUCACAGUUGAAGGACUGCAAUGAUUACUGUCGACUUUUUUUUGUUGCCUGCCGUGGACCUGCAGCACUGGAUUGCAUGCAUUCAGUUGUCAAACAUGUACAUGUAGACUUUUGCAAAUCAUGUGUUUUCAUUUCAGGAGUGUCUUAACCCCUUUUGUGGGUCCUCUUUUGUACUGAUACAUUUAGAGAGAUUUUGCCGUGCGUGUUUCAUUGCCAAAUUUUUUUCCAAAGUGGCGUUACGUCAUUUAGUCGAGCACGCCAACAGAGCACAGGUUUCUUUAACCCUCUGACCCUCAUUCCGCUGUAAUGGAAGCCAUAUGAGAGGUGGGAAAUAAUGUCGGGGAAGGGUCCUGAACGUUGGGAUACAGACAAUCAAAGCACAUUUCCUACGUAGUGUUUUUGCAUGCAACGAGACAGAUUCUACGGCUUGUACACAGUAAUGUACAUAGAAAACUUACAUUCAAUGCACUGGCUCACGUGUGUAACUUAAAAUCAUGUUUUUUUGUCUUCCUGUUUUAUGACAAAGCAGCCGCAGUGUUCCCCUCCAUUGUUUUCUUUAUGCGGUAACGUCCUGAGCAAGCAUCUGUCACUAAAUCGAAAUAAUACUGUCUGGAAUGUUCCAUUCAGGACGGGUUUUUACAUGAAACUGUCCAUUGACAGGUCUCUCCUUGCCUGCACCAGCAUCUAGUCCCGAUUGUAGUCUAACAUGCUUCAAUGUGUGUCCGUUUUACUGAAUGUAGUGUUCUGAUGAAUAUUCCAAGACAUUAAUCUUGAAUGCGUAUGUACGUAGCUGAUAACAGCAAAAUGUAAUUUGGCCCCAUUUCCAACGUUGUGUGUGCCAUAGCACUAUGAGGUCUCUGUUACCUGGGGAAAUAUGUUUUACUGGUCGCCUUGACAGUAACGUGCCCCUUUUCCCUUUUUUUUUUUUAAAUCAUUCCCAAGUGUCAAUAGAAUGCAGUGUUUUGCAAGACCCAACAUGACUUCCCAACACUGUCCCUUACAGUUGGUCAACGUGGCUAUACUAGUACCUAUCCAGACAUUUGUAUUGUAUGUUUGCCAAAGAACAUUUUGCACUGUAAUGUAUGCCUCUCAACAUUAAUAAUAAUAAUAAAAAAAAAAUCAAGCCACGUUUGUUUUAUAAACAAUACAUACACAA